UCCACUUUCCCUCUAAACAAACCACCACCAAUAAGACCUUUUUACCCCUGCCUAGUGCCUAGGUGUGUAUGUUUUUCUUCUUUCCCCACAUCUAUAUAAAUAACAACUCAUCACCAACUUCUUCCAAACAUCCUCCACUUCCAAACAUGGCUAAACCGUUAGAAUUCCUCAUGGUAUUCUGUAUUUAUAGCUUCUUCAUACACCGUUCUGCAGCUGCUUACUCCAUCGGCGUCAACUACGGCACCGUCGCCGACAAUCUCCCUCCACCAGCCCAAGUGGCUUCCUUCCUCAAAGCCCAAACCACCAUCGACAGAAUCAAGAUCUUCGACGCCAACCCUGACAUCCUCCGCGCCUUCGUCAACUCCACCAUCGCCGUCACUGUGUCCGUCGUCAACGGCGACAUCCCUGCCGUCGCCAAACUCCCCGCUGCCCAGUCCUGGGUCGCCAACAACAUCUCCCCUUUCUACCGCAAAACCAAAAUCAACCGAAUCGCCGUCGGCAACGAAAUCAUCGCCACUGCAGAUAAGAACCUCAUCGCCCACCUCGUCCCGGCGAUGAAAUCUCUCCACAACGCCCUCAAACUCGCCGGAAUAACUGACAUUCAGGUCACGACGCCCCACUCUCUGGGCAUACUAUCAGCAACUGAUGCGCCGAGUACGGGUCGGUUCCGACGCGGGUACGAUCGCGUCGUAUUUGCUCCGAUGCUGGAGUUCCACCGCCAGACAAAGUCACCUUUCAUGGUCUGUCCCUACCCGUACUUCGGAUUCGGUCCAAAGACUCUGAACUACGCGCUUUUCAAGCCAAACGGCGGCGUUUUCGACAACUCCACCGGGAAAAAUUACACCAACAUGUUUGAUGCGCAGAUGGACGCUGUCUACUCGGCGAUGAAGCGGCUCGGGUACGGCGACGUGGACAUGGUGGUGGCCGAGACCGGGUGGCCGUCGGCGGGCGACCCGAACCAGCCCGGCGUGAACGUCGAGAAUGCGGUGUCCUAUAACGGAAACCUCGUGAAACACGUGAACUCCGGCAAAGGCACGCCGUUGAUGCCCAACAGGACUUUCGAGACCUAUAUCUUCUCUCUCUUCAAUGAGAAUCUCAAACCCUCCACGUCGGAGCGAAACUUCGGAUUAUUCCGACCUGAUUUCACACCGGUGUACGACGUUGGCAUUUUGGUCAAUCCGCAGAAGGGUGGGCCCACACCUGCGACGCCUACGUCUCCGUCUCCGUCGUCGUCGGCGGCGUCGGAGUGGUGUGUACCGAAAGCGGACGCUAGCGAUGAAGCGUUGCAGGCGAACAUAGACUUUGUGUGCAGUCAUGGAGUAGACUGCAAACCCAUACAAGACGGUGGGCCCUGUUUCCAGCCCAACACCGUGAGAUCACAUGCAUCAUACGCCAUGAACGCCUACUACCAGUCAAAUGGUCGCAAUGAUUUUGACUGUGAUUUCGUUCACACCGGAGUUAUCACCACCGAUGAUCCCAGUUAUCAGGAAUGCAAGUACGUCUCUUGAAAGGGAAUUACAAGUGGAAGAGUUGUUACAAAUGGGUUUUGGUACAUUAACUGAGUUGAAUUUGCACCAUUGGGACUGUAUUGUUGCUAUUAAUUUAAUUUGUGCCAACUUACCUAUUAGUGUAUGUUCAUACUUAAUUCUAUAAAUAUAUCUAAUUUGAGCUUC